CACACAUACACACACAGCAUAAACAUAAACUCCUUAUCCUCUCUCUUUCUCUCUCUCUCUCUCUCCGUCUUUCUCUCACUCACAUCACGUUACACAUACUACUCUCGCUUCUUGUUAAUGGCGUCUCAGAUCUAGCAGUACGAGCGCUUCGCCGUUUCUGCUACUUUCUCAUCGUGGAAACGACACCGUCUGGGUGGCUGUUGUUAGUGUUUCCCUAUGCAGAAAAUGGCCUACACGUUCUCGUUUCCGGAGGAGGUGCUGGAGCACGUGUUCUCCUUCAUUGAGAGCGAGAGGGACCGGAACGCGAUCUCUCUGGUGUGCAAGUCGUGGUACGAGAUCGAGCGGUGGUGCAGGAGGAAUGUUUUCGUCGGUAACUGCUAUGCGGUGAGCCCUGUGAUGGUGAUCAAGCGGUUCCCGGAGUUGAGAUCCAUUGCGCUCAAGGGGAAGCCGCACUUCGCGGACUUCAACUUGGUCCCCGAGGGUUGGGGCGGUUAUGUCUGUCCCUGGAUCGCCGCCAUGGCCUGCGCCUUCCCCUGCCUCGAAGAGAUCAGACUCAAGAGGAUGGUCAUCACCGACGAGAGCUUGGAACUCAUCGCCAAGUCCUUCAAAAACUUCAAGGUGCUUGUUCUCACUUCAUGUGAGGGUUUCACCACUGACGGACUGGCCGCCAUUGCUGCCAACUGCAGGAAUUUGAAGGAGUUGGACUUGCAAGAGAGUGAAGUGGAUGACCUUAGUGGGCACUGGCUAAGCCAUUUUCCUGAUUCCUACACGUCACUAGUGUCACUGAACAUCUCUUGCUUAGGCAAUGAGGUCAGUUUAUCUGCACUGGAGCGUCUGCUUGGGAGGUGUCCCAACCUGCGGACCCUGCGCCUCAAUCGUGCAGUGCCCCUUGAUAGACUACCCAAUCUACUUCGUCGUUGUCCUCAGCUGGUUGAGUUAGGCACUGGAGUCUACUCAACUGAGAUGCGACCAGAGGUCUUCUCAAACCUGGAAGCCGCAUUUUCUGGGUGCAAGCAGUUGAAGAGCUUGUCUGGUUUUUGGGACGUCCUCCCAUCGUACCUCCCAGCUGUCUACCCCAUCUGCUCCAGGCUAACAUCGUUAAACUUGAGUUAUGCUAUUAUUCAGAGCCCUGAUCUUAUUAAGCUUAUCAGUCAAUGUCCAAAUUUGUUGCGUUUGUGGGUUCUGGAUUACAUAGAAGAUGCUGGUCUUUAUAACCUUGCUGCAUCAUGUAAGGAUUUAAGGGAGUUAAGGGUGUUUCCGUCUGACCCAUUCGGUUUAGAACCAAAUGUUGCAUUGACAGAAAAGGGCCUUGUCUCUGUGUCUGAAGGUUGCCCCCGGCUCCAAUCAGUUCUAUAUUUUUGUCGUCAAAUGUCUAAUGCAGCCCUGUUCACAAUUGCGCAGAACAGGCCUAAUUUGACUCGUUUUAGGCUUUGUAUCAUCGAGCCUAGAACGCCCGACUAUCUUACGCAUGAGCCACUUGAUUCUGGUUUUGGAGCCAUUGUAGAACAUUGCAAGGAUCUUCAACGCCUAUCUCUAUCUGGUCUUCUUACAGAUCGUGUUUUCGAGUAUAUUGGGACUUACGGGAAGAAGCUGGAGAUGCUAUCUGUGGCUUUUGCUGGAGAAAGUGAUCUGGGACUUCAUCAUGUGCUGUCUGGGUGUGAUAAUCUUAGGAAGCUGGAGAUCAGGGACUGCCCCUUUGGUGACAAGGCGCUUUUGGCAAAUGCUGCAAAGCUGGAGACAAUGCGAUCCCUUUGGAUGUCCUCCUGCUCAGUGAGUUAUGGAGCAUGUAAACUACUGGGUCAGAAAAUGCCCAGACUCAACGUUGAAGUCAUUGAUGAAAGAGGACCUCCAGAUUCUAGGCCGGAUGAUUGUGCUGUUGAGAAGCUUUAUAUUUACAGGACUGUUGCCGGGCCAAGGUUGGACAUGCCUGGUUUUGUGUGGACAAUGGAAGAUGAUUCUUCGCUAAGGCUUGAGUGAUUACGCUGUGGAUUGAGUCGAAGAGUCUAAUGCCACUUUGAUUUGGGAAAUUGUCAAUGACAGGUACACGCUCAGUAUGCAAUCUCUAGUGAAUUUACUGUUGCCUGGCUUACAUAGAUGCAGUUAUGGCUUGUCUUUGAGCUAGGUACGUGAAAGAGAGUACGCCGACGGCUUGAGCUCGAAUGCCAUUCAUUUUACACUGGCUGAGCUAACGAGAUGCUCAUUUACCGAUUAAUAAAUAGACUGAAACUGUUGUAUGUGCGUUAGAUACUAAUUAUAUUAUUCAUCAUACUAAUAUUCGCGGCCAUCAAUUUAUUUGUAUGCUAA